AUGCCUUUUAGAGAAAUUCCAGGUGAUCUAUUCGAAAACUCAAAUCCAACCGAUGCUUUAGCUCAUUGCGUUUCACAAGAUCUUCGUAUGGGCAAGGGUAUUGCUAAAAGUUUCAAAGAUAAGUUCAAUGGUGUCGCUGAACUCAAAAAGCAAAAUAAAAAAGUUGGCGAAGUCGCUUAUCUUUGUCAUGAAAAUCGUUACAUUUUUUAUUUAAUCACCAAACUUUCUGCUUGGGACAAACCAACUGAAGAAGACUUUAAAAAAUCUUUGUUUGAAUUGAGAAAGUUAUGUGAACAAUUUGAAGUUACCGGUUUGAGUCUUCCUCGUAUUGGAGCAGGUUUGGAUCGAUUAAGGCUUGAUUUUGUUCAUGAAAGUGUUUCUAACGCAUUUGAAGGGAGCGAUAUUAGUGUGACCAUGUAUUAUUUACCAAAUCAAACAACAAAAUAA